CAGGCGUGGUUCAUGAAAAUGCACAAGACUAAUAACCUAGUUGAUAACUUUCUGGAGAGUUAAAAAAACAGAAGCUGUUGAUUCAGUGACAGCAUUAUUCGCGUCUAUAUAUGCGCCUUACGACGUAAUGUAUAUCAUUACAAUGGUAAUCAAGUUCAUGGCGUAUCUGGGCCUUUUUACUCUACUAGGAAUUCCUACGGUUGGUGGAGAUAACCAACAUCAUUCCAACGAUAGAGCAUUCGAAGAGGAGUUUGGCUCUCGUGGUGUGGAGAUCCCAGUCAUAAUCCUAACUUUGUGCGUCUUGCUGGUAUGCACUUUCGUUCUGCUCAGUUGUUUAAACCUCUGCACUUCAAAACUGAAAUACAACGUUACUGACGAAGAGAACCAGAAGAUUACCGAUGAGUAUGCCAUCGACACAUCCAACUUUACCAUACUUCCCGACAGGGCCAUGGAUUGCGUGGCGGGAGCUCCGGGAUACGGCACACAGACAGAAUCUUCAGGAAUAAAUCUCUCUUUGUCAACACCCCUCAAAUUACGGAAUGACACGAUAAGGAUAAUGUCGACAAGUAAAUUUAAGAGGGUGUCCACCAUCACGGUUCCCACCAGUAGUAGGCCUAAUGAGCACCUGAAUACAGUUGGCAAAAGUGGAACUCGUACUAAACUUUUCAAACGACGCCGUAUUCGGCAUGGCUACAGAACUGGUAUACGACAUAUUAAACCUUUCCGCCAUACUACCAAACCUCACGAGAACAAAAUCAACACAGGUGCAGUUCGUCGCCAGCAGGUGCAAACUGUUAACAAUCGUCAACCCCUGUUGAUUCGACGAGCACGCAGUAUAGAGCACAGACCCUUCACGUACCGCCAUGUGUCUCGCACCCCACACCGUGGAGAAGCUGUUGCUCGGUUACCUGCUCGUAGGCGUCGAGCAAGGAGGGUGCGACAUCGGUGACACAGAUGGAAAUGAGCAGACAGCCUUUUGCCCACAGCACCUCAAAAACUACCUUAGUAGACGCCCGUAUUGUAAUCAAAUCCUGUAGUGUAACAAUUUUAACACUGUGAGUAGCACUUCCUAACCGCAAUGAAACAUACAUUAUGAGCGGUUAUUACCCAUUCUGUGCCCGCUAUAUUAAGAAAAUGUAUUCAUUUCUGUAGUAUUAUAUUGUGUAGAUAGAAUUCUGUUUACAGACAAGCAUCUGUUCAAGGCAGAAUUUGCAGCUGUUGUGACAUGAGAUUGUGAUUAGGCUGUGCAUUUGCUGUCUCAGAAAUUCUUAACCAAUCAAGAAUAUUUUUUUUAUGCACAUAUUCAAAAAUUAAUUCACUACACCUAUAAACUUUUAGUAUUACAUAGAAGAUAAUGACUUUCGUGUGCGACUUGGGCGUUUUAUGACAGGAAUAUAUACAUGUAUAUUGGACGGUGCUUAGAAAAUAUUCUUAAUAUACUUAUUUCUGUUGAGUGAGAUCUAUUGACCAUUUAUUGGUAGAAUUAUGUGACAUAUAUAUCCCAUUCAGAAAGUCUGAGGUGGGGUCUGACGAUCACACCAAGCUUCCACUGAUUCCGCUCAAACUUAAACGGGUGUAGUCAAGACUGGUUUAUUUUGGUAACAUUUGUGUUUACAUUAUAAGACCUACAUGUAGGUAAUGAGAAUAAGGAUUUACGACAAAAAUAACAGUUACUUUUAAUUUUAAAAACGAUUUUCAGAAUUUUCUAAGCGGGCUAUUCUUGAUGAGAUGGGGAAAAUGAGAUAAAGACAGAUCGGAGAAUAUAUUGCACGUGAACACUUGUGUGUUACAUUACGGGCACCUCCAUAUAAUGCUCAGAAACAUGCAUGGGUCAGGCCUAACCAUAUUACAGAAUGGGCAGAAUGCACUCGGCGAUGGUUACCCAUAUUGUAAUAAUUGUGACAUUAUGAGUAGGAAGUGUUAUCCGUAAUGUAAUAAUGCUACACUACGGGUAAUACUUGCUACCGAUAGUGUAAUAACUAUUAUAUUACGAGGUUAUACUACGCUAUACUUGUGUCUACACUACGAGGUAGGAUGGACCGUACCGGUUUCACAUAAAAAUGUAUUUUAAUAUGUAGCAGUCAUAAGCUGGUGUACAUAUAAGUUACUCCUUUCCACAAAGAGAACUACUAGGUUCAGAUAUAAUGAUAGAAAUAAAAGUCUUCCUAAAUUAGUUGUUUUGCAUUUUUGCUCGUAAUAAUGACAUUUUGAGGAUAGGCGAUGAGA